GUAAAUCUUUACUGUACCCGCCCGCGCGCAACAAGCAUUCAAAUCGCUAUUACCGCGAGUGCAAGUUAUUGACUUGAUCUCGAUCGUGUACUUUUGUGUAUUUUCGUAUGUUUAUUUACAUUUUGUGUUUUUGUUUAUUGUGAUUUCGAGAGUGCGACAAUGAGUGACGUUGCAACACUUUUCCCACCACAAACGUACAGUUCGUCUUUUUUCUUAAACGCUUUAGGGGAGGAAGAAGAAAGUAGUACAAAUAAGAAAACUCGAUCACGCGUCAAACGAAGCGAGGAAUCAUCGAAGCUGCUGGAUUGCUUUGUUAACAGAAUGCUUCAUCUAAUAUUCGUACUCGCUCUUUCUUUCGAAUCCACUCUCGCCCAGUCGGAGUGCGUAGACGCGCCGAAUCGACUAUCUCGAACAUUUAAAUCCCUGGUGGAUUACCAAGGCAAUAAGCUCACUUUCAAUCCGAUGAACAAGGAUUUCCAAGGAAAUAUCGUGCAGUUUAACAAAGGCGUCCCCAUACAGAGUCUUCCCAAAAAUGCGUUUUACACGUUUGAGUCUCAACUCAUCCGCGAGCUAUCGGUGAGCGAUCACCAAGUGGAGCUAAUCCAAGAUGGAGCAUUUACAUCUUUAAACUGUGUGUCUACGCUUCAGUUGGCGAGAAACAAAAUUAGUCUGAUUAAUCCCGAUUCCUUUGAAGGCCUCCGUCAUCUACACGAAUUGGACCUAGGCGAAAAUCAAAUUGUGGAGAUACCAGAAAGGAUCUUCAGGUUCAGUACUCUAUUAAAAAAGCUCAACAUUUCCAGGAACAACUUAAAAGUUUUACAUCCGGAUUCGUUUUACAAACUGACUAACCUGGAGGAAUUAGACCUAAGCUAUAAUUACCUUUACAAGAUUCAGCCCGAUACUCUUCGAUAUUUCGAUAAGCUCAAGAAUCUACAAAUUGGAUCCAAUCAAUUUGACUACCUGGAGAUGGAAAAGUGGACCAACUUGACUAGUUUGAGAACGUUAAAUGUAUCCAACAACGAAUUGAGGAGUGUCGAUUUUGUGUACAGCUUCAGUUUUAGUUCUAGCUUAACCGAAUUGUACUUAGAUGAUAAUUACUUAACUAAAUUCAAUGUUCGUGGCUUCAGAAAACAUUUGCCUCGGGUGACCGUUAUUGACAUAAGUGAGAACCUGUGGAUGUGCGCUGAUUUAGUCGAAAUACUGAAGUUCCUUAAUGAUUCCCGCAUUGAGUAUAGAGGUACCGAAACGACUGAUCCCAAUUUUGGAGGCAUCGCAUGUAAUCGAACAGUUGAAGAGUACCAAGGGAAUAAAAAUCGGGAACCGGAAACCGCCCCCUCAACUACCACAACAACAACAACAGUGAAGCCUGGGGCAACAGUAGCGCCACCUGUUGUCAACGAACAGACGCUAAAUUCAUUGCAGGUCUUAGACUCGAUUAAGAGUUUACAAACUACUGUUGUGUGUUUGUUUGUCGUAAUAGUUGUUUUUAUAUUUAUUGAGUUUGCGACCAGAUGCAAAUGGAGACGGUUCAGAAGGUAUAGCAGCUCUCCAGUUUUAGAUAACGCAAGUGUUGAAGACAUCUCCUUAUUGAGAGGUCGUUUUUAAAUUUUGCCUGUGUUUAUCAAGUGCCAUUUUAAUAUGUGAUUAUUAGUUUGUAUUUUAUUAUAAGAUUGAGAUGAUAUUAGACUGAAAUUUAAUUAAAUAAAAAUAUAUUUCUACAGA